UGGUCAGCUGAUGUGUCAGACAGACCGCAGCCCUCAUCCAUUAUUUUGUUGACGCUCAUUUGUACCAAAGGUGUUCUAGCAAUUGCAUGCGCGCACGCAUUAAUACAUACUCAUUAUUCAGACACACUUGUCAUAAGUAUUUGUAAACAUUGCGUAGAGAGUGACCAAAAAAUGUCUCCAUUGAUCUCAACAGCCGCUGUCAAUCUGUGGACGUUUUCAUCGCUAGUGUGUUUUCUUCUGACAUCAUCAGCACAAACCUCAGAAGCCAAGAAUUCAGAAGACAUCCGCUGUAAAUGUAUCUGUCCGCCCUACAAGGACAUUGAUGGAAAGAUCUACAAUCAGAACGUUUCCUUGAAGGACUGUAAUUGCCUCCAUGUGGUGGAACCAAUGCCUGUUGAAGGCAAGGAUGUGGAGGCGUACUGUUUACGCUGUGAAUGCAAGUAUGAAGAAAGGAGCUCUGGAACUAUUAAAGUCACCAUUAUAAUUUAUCUGUCUAUUCUGGGCCUUUUGCUGUUGUACAUGGUCUAUCUGACACUGUUGGAGCCUAUGCUGAAGAGAAGACUGUUUGGCCAUUCACAGCUCAUUCAGAGUGAUGAUGAUGUUGGGGACCAGCAGCCCUUCGCCAAUGCCCAUGAUGUGCUCUCUCGCUCUCGCUCUCGUUCCAAUAUGCUUAACAAAGUGGAGCACGCUCAGCAGCGCUGGAGGAGGCAGGUCCAAGAACAGCGCAAGUCUGUCUUCGACCGCCAUGUGGUGCUCAGCUAAAAGCUCUCUCAGUCUGAAGUGAACUGUUACAUAUGGGUUCUGAUACUACGCUAAAGGCUGGGUCUUUUCCAUGAUGUCCAACACUCAUCAAUGGUCAAACGGUGCCAACGUUUAACAUCAUUUGUGUGUAUGUCUGUUUUUGGUGUGUAUAAAUUUCUUGUCUUGAUCAAUGAGUGAGACGAAGCCUUGUUUAUUAUUCUGAUAAAGGUUGUUUGCAUCAACUUUUCUUUCAUUUUGAAAUCAUGGACUCUCAAAUUAGCAACACAAAAAAAUAAGAGAAAAAGUUUAUUCCUAAUGCAGUUCAGAUGUGGGGAUAAAGUGCCAAUUGCCUCCUAAAAUUAGGUGAUUCGUUUAAUCUAUAAUUUUUUUUAAAUAAAGUUCAGAAUUGUUUCUCACCCCAAAAUAAACAUUUUCUGUCUUGUAACGAAGUGUAAGUUGGGUAAAGUUUCCUUUUACCACUCUUCUCUUGCUUGCUUUCUUUCAUACAUUGUGGUUUAUGUUAUACAGUAUGUAAAUAGUAAUUUGUGGAUGUGUUUUUUUGUCAUGAUAUACAAUAAUAUGCUGUUUGAUGACUCAAUUCUUAUAGCUUUUUGUAGAUUCAGGUUAAAGCUACAUGAUGUUCAUUUGGUCUUUGAAAUCUUUAAGACAGUAUUUUCUAAGGUAUAUGCA